CUUUCGCUUUCUCAUAAAGACCACCCCCUUUGAAAAGCUAUAAAAAGAGCACCAGAACAAACUCAGUACUUCAUUCCCCUCCUGCUCAAAGAUGGAUCUACAGAUCUCAGUUUUUCUCCUGUUCAGUCUUUUCACUGCAGGACACUCUUUUAGCUGUUAUGAGUGCCUAGGUCUAAUGGGUUCCUGCUCAGAUCAAAAGCAAAAAACAUGCCCCAGUGGAUUUUCCAAGUGCAUGAGUUUAACAACGGUGGCACAAGCUGGUGGGAACAUUGCUAAAGUGAAAGUCAAAGACUGUACUCCUGAGUGUGCCACUGGAUCCAUGAACCUCGGUAUUGCAAAGACAUCUCUAGUGUGCUGUACCUCAGACAAGUGCAAUAUACAAGAUGCUCCAGAGCCUUCUACUUUGCCCAACGGAAAGACGUGUUACUCUUGUGACGAUAAGAGCUGCUCGAACAUAUUGAGCUGUUCAGGAAGUGAAGAUCGCUGCUUUAAAGCAACAGGGGGUACUGGAGGCCCGUCAACAGUAGUAAAAGGCUGUGUCUCUAAAUCUUUCUGUGAUGCUGCCAUGUCUGUCGGUGAUGUUAAGAGCGUCUCGUGCUGCGAGGGGAACCUGUGUAACGGUGUUCAGAGCGUCUCUCAGAGCUUCCUCUUCCUCUUCUGUUCUCUUCUCUCCUUCAUGCUGCUGCACUGAACCCGGACGCUCUUCAGACACACUGCAAUGAAUACAGAGCUUGUAUCUUCUCUGUACAAUCAUCUUUUGUGUCCUGGCAUGAUUUAGUUUUGCUUUGUCAUUCUGCAAUUUUUUUUCUCUGUUAAACAUUUUUUAUAGCAUGCGUAAUGUAAAAAAAAAAGGGCAGAAAGAAAUAAAAGUAACACGAAAUAAAAA